AUGGCAGUCAGUACUCUGAACAUGGCACCCUAUUUCACUGGAUAUCCUUUCCAAGGACAAGGUCGUGUGAAUCAACUCGGAGGUGUUUUUAUCAAUGGACGUCCACUGCCCAAUCAUAUCCGUUUAAAAAUCGUGGAAAUGGCAGCAGCCGGCGUGAGACCAUGCGUGAUCUCGAGACAAUUGAGAGUUUCGCAUGGUUGCGUGUCGAAGAUCUUGAAUCGAUAUCAGGAAACAGGAUCGAUAAGGCCAGGUGUGAUCGGCGGUAGCAAACCACGCGUCGCGACACCGGAAGUCGAGGCGAGAAUCGAGGAUAUGAAGAGACAGAAUCCUGGGAUAUUCACCUGGGAGAUCCGCGAGAAAUUGAUAAAGCAGGAUGGUAUCUGUGACAAAGCGUCAGCGCCGUCAGUUUCCAGUAUCUCGAGACUUCUUCGUGGCCCCACGAAUCAGACUCGUCCUGGAGAUGAUCCUCGAAGAAAUCAUUCCAUUGACGGAAUACUCGGAGGCAGCAGUGGCGAUGACUCGGACACAGAGAGCGAGCCAGGAAUCGCCUUGAAGAGGAAGCAACGUAGAAGCAGGACCACGUUCACUGGAGAACAACUUGAGCAACUUGAAGCAGCUUUCCAUCGAACACAGUACCCCGACGUGUAUACCAGAGAAGAGUUGGCACAAAAAACAAAUUUGACAGAAGCACGCGUGCAAGUAUGGUUCAGUAACAGACGAGCCAGGCUUCGCAAGCAGUUGAACAGCCAACAGUUGAACGCCUUCAACACAAUGAGCUUGCAAUCGUUUCAAACUCAACAUUACGGUAGCAGCGCUGAAAGUUAUCAGAGCUAUGGCCAAGCAUCGGUAGCUGCAGCCGCAGCAACCACGGCUGGUUAUCCUCAACAUUACAACUAUAGCGAGAAUUACUACGCUGCUCAGCAACAAUGGCCAAGACCGACUGCGGAGAAUUACGGAUUGUUCAACGCCUCUCACUACGGUAGCAGCAAUCUGGCCUCUAAUCUCACUACCAGCAAUUUGAAUCUAGGUAGCCUGAGCGGCAGUGUCAGCCCUACAGCGUCCAAUAUGAGCGCGUGCAUGGUCCAGGGUGCGUCUUCAGGGGUGCCAACCCCGGCAGGGAUAAACCAUCACGUAACACCCCACAGCCCCAGCGAGGCGAAGAGCGGCUACCCUUAUCUGGGUGGAAUCGAGUCGCAGGUCUGUGGCAGAGUUCACUGA